UAAGCGCUUGUCUAACAUCAACAUUUUAUUCUAGAUUGGUUCACUGAAAAAGAUUACCAAUUCGAAAACUUUUCCGUAUUGUUUUUUGCUGAAACUAUUCAGAUCCCGAUCAAUACCUUUCUUUACAAAAAUUCGCUUCUUUCAAUUCCCGGUUUGGUGGUGGCGUCGCGGUCACACUCAAUUCGCCUAGAUAAACCCAGUCGAGUCUGACGUCGUCACAGGACGAGGGUAGCUAGCGAACUCAGCGGGGCCUGUCUCAACGCAUUUUCUCUACAUCAUCUUCCCGAUCUCAUUCGCAAAUUAACACUUUUGACGUCAACAACUCUGCGCAGACGAGAAUAGAUACUUCUAAGUGCCGAAAAGAUGGACGAAGGACAUCUAAAAAGAAAGGAUACCACUAAAGGUCCUCCGUUGAGGAUUCUAAGCUUGGAUGGCGGAGGAGUCCGUGGUUAUUCCAUGUUUAUUAUCAUACAAGAAUUAAUGCUUCGAACCUACGUCGAAAUCGAGGGUAAAGCUCCGCGACGCGAUCAAAUACCGAAACCAUGCGAUCAUUUCGAUCUAAUAGUUGGAACCGGAACCGGCGGUUUAAUAGCCCUUAUGCUGGGACGCCUCCGACUAGAUCUGGAAACAUGCAAAGAACUCUACGUCCGAUUAACGAGGAUGGUAUUCGAGACGGAUAAGACUUUCGCUGGUAUACCCUACCGAUCAACACUUUUCAAGGCAUCGAUGCUCGAGCGCGCGAUCAAGGAAGCUGUCAGAGAUCAUACUGUUUCGGACUAUGAGGGAAACGAUGGCGCAUCAGACCUUGCUAGCCCGUUAUCUGCUGUCUCUCGCUCUAGUGCUGCUAGAAGCAGCAUUCCACAACGACAUCAGAGUAAUGCAAGUACUGUCAGUUUCAGUGGUCGUAGUCCAACAAGCCAGGCCCGAUCCUUAUUUCCGAGGAAUGGUGGUGGCUGGGGAAAUCCCGACGCGCAAUUGUACGACUCGAGAGAAAAUAGAACGAAGACCGCCGUUACGGCCAUGUAUAAAGGAACGACAUGGGGUGGAGAUCCUGCGCUUUUGCGAUCAUAUGACUCGAGGAAAGAACCUGCUCCGGAAUACGACUGCAAGAUUUGGGAGGCCGGACGCGCGACGUGCGCGAUAGGAUUGGCGUUCAAACCGAUAAAAAUCGGACAGACAGUAUUCCAUGAUGAUGGUGCCGGAACCUAUAAUCCAUCCCCUUAUGCGCUCGACGAGGCAACAGUAAAUGAGUGGCCAGGACGUGACGUUGGUGUUUUUGUUAGCUUAGGAACUGGAAAACGACCAAAAGGCACCGAGCAAAAUCAACACGUGUGGUACGAGGGUUUCAUGGGGGAAUUCGCAGAAGCGAGACGGAAGCUGGUCGCUAAGGUGGAAGGUUGCGAAGAAAUCCACGAGAAAAUGAAGAACGAACUCUUAAUAAAGCGGGGCGUCAACAUCGAAAAUUACUACCGAUUCAAUGUCGAAAUUGGAGUUGGCGAGUUCGCUAUGAACGAGUGGGAUCGAUUAGGAGAAAUUAGUACAGGUACGAAGAGGUAUCUAUCUCGAGCGGCUGAACAGAGGAUGGUUCAAGAAUCUUCGACAAAAUUAGCCAAGAUACACAGAGCAAAGCUGAGAUCCGAAAGGCUCAACAGUAUGUCUCACAACGUUCCUGAGAUUGUAGCGCAGCCGACUAUGGGUUCUAUAGAUGCUCCGUUGGCUGUUGAGCUUCCAGGCGAUAUGCCCACGUCAUUUCCACCAAAGAGUACACCAUCUAGUCGACAAUCCUAUGAGUCCGGUAUAGAUCAUCUUACACUCCCAGGACCCGGCGCAAAUCCGAGCAGUCAACCACCAUCCCGCGGCUCCGAUACCGCCCGGCCUUCCACUGGCCCGGGUUCUCCGCCUCAAAUGGUAACACGCCCAUAUCAAAAAGUCCCGUCACCACCCGCUUUAUUAUCGGCCGUAAAGCCCCCACCUCCCGAUGAUGAACCUGAUCGCCUAGUCGUGACAGCACCAACACCAGCACAAUAUCGCAACGCUGCGGGUAGCGACAAGAUCGCCAUCACUGGAGCGGAUGAGUAUCCACGAAGACAGCAAAGAGACCCGAUCCCACAAGCCAUGGUGCAACCACUCCAGCCGCAUCGCAUCGAACCACCCCCACUACCUCCAAAGACCCCCCUACCUGAGAGGCAAGCCCAAGGCGCUCGACGUCCAACCGGUGGAAGUAUUCCGCCACCCUAUCCCUUAGACGACGAUGCACCUCCACCAGUAGUCAACAUGGCAAGGAAACCGGAAUAUAGGAAAAGAUAAUCAAGUUUAACCUGGGAUACCAAGAUAUAAGGUAACAUUGCAAUAUUCGGGCGGGGUCUGCUUUGAUUUGGCGUUCGUGGGAUAUAUCACGGGCUCUGGCUUAACGAUUCAUGAUACCACUGACAACACCGCACAUACACCGUGGUGUGUGAUGAUUUUAUUUUCUUCUGGCUUUUAAUGUUCCGCGACUCAAGACUUAUGUACGGAUACCCCUUUUUCUUCGCUUAACGAAAAUAAUAGCAUAUUUAUUGAUCUACGUAUUUAAUGAUUGGUUGAUUUGAAG